GUGGACGCUUGCUCGUGGGCUGUAGCUGCCCGUCGUGCGCGUGAGGAAUGGAAGCCGUUCCCACGUGUAACAAGCGCUGGGUGUUGACUCCCUCAGGUUGGAGCUUGAAACUUGCAGCUUGAAGCCUUUCUCUCACUCUCACUCGUACUCUCCUGGUCAUUCCCCUACUCGUCCCCGGUCCCCAAGAAGAGCCCAGUACAAAGGUCCCGCGAGUGAUAGUGAUGGCGCUGCCCCGCACCGCCCACACUUCUCAAGGCCUCCGUUUCAUCGGUGUAUGCUGUGCAGUGCUCAGCCUCCUCGCCGUCGGAAGCAACGCCACAGGCCAAUGGGGUUUGCAAAGUCAAGAACUCGCAGUCGCAGACGAUUCGGGACAAUCUGUCGCCCAAAUGACAUUGGCAGAACAGGCAACUGCUACGGCUUGGAAACACAACGUCGCGGCCCUCUUCGCUGGCGGCGCGCUCGCCCUUGCUGGCUCGACAGCUUCCGUUGCUCCCGUUCAAGGGAGCGUUGGCGACCUCUUCUUCGGCAACUGUACGGACAACCGUGCCCUUCCUGGAGCCGAGUGCGGAUAUGCAAUAGUUCCCCUCGACUACACCAACAGUAGCGCUGGUGUAGCCAAGAUCGCGCUCGGCCGGUACAAUGCGACUGUGUCGCCUCGUAAGGGCGUCGUCUUCGUCAAUCCCGGAGGUCCAGGCGGUCCAGGUGUGAACCUCGCGACGGAAGCGGGCUCGUUCUUCCAGGAGCUUAUUGGCGAGGACUACGACAUCAUUGGCUUCGACCCACGCGGAAUUGGCUUGUCCGAGCCUCAGACCAAGUGCUUCCCCAAGAACGGUUCACGCGAGGCGUUCAUCACGAACACUGUCCUCGACCGCGGAUACGACGUUUCGCCAAACCUGACCGACCCGUACAACCGUUUCCACCUCAUCGAGACCCAGCGGGAUGCGAACGCGCUCUACCAAGCCCAGUUCCAAGUCUGCGCACAGACGAUGGGCGAGACGAUCAAGUACGCGGGCACGACGUCCGUCGUGCGCGACAUCGACUUCAUCACCACCCUGCUCGAGGGCACCGACUCGCUGAUCAACUUCUACGGCUUCUCGUACGGGACGGUCAUGGGCCAGUACCUCGUCAACGUGUUCCCGGACCGCGUCGGGCGCGUCGUCAUCGACGGAGUCGUCGACGCCGACUCGUGGGCGAACAAGGCGCCCUACCAGCAGCUGCACCAGUGGCUCAACUCGACGGACGCGACGUACGAGGUCUUCAUCGCGGAGUGCGCCAAGGCGGGCCCCGCGUCGUGCGCGCUCGCGCAGAAGGACAACGAGGACCCGAAGGACAUCUUGGACCGCGUCGAGCGCUGGAUCGACGGCCUGUACGACGCGCCCCUCGCGGUGCCCAACGCGACCCUCCCCGGCAUCCUCACGAACGGCCGCGCGCACCUCUUCAUCGAGGGCGGCCUGGAGAGCCCCACGGGCUGGCCGCAGAUCGCCGCGGGGCUCGCGGAGGCAAUGCGGGGCGACGGCGCGGUGGUGCUGAACGUCGUGAACACGCGGGAGCUCGUCGACCUCGAGCGCUCGGCGGUGUCGUGCAACGACCAGCGGCCGUUCGCGCCGCCCAAGCCCGAGACGAUCGUCGACGCGGGCCUGGAGGUGCUUAAGCACGUGUCGAGGUUCUUCUGGUCGGUGAUCAUCGCGGAGCCCGACUCGGGGUGCCAGUACUGGCCGGUGACGCCCCCGGAGAGGUACCUCGGGCCGUGGAACAAGACGCUGAACAACCCGAUUCUGAUCAUCUCGAACACGCACGACCCCGCGACGCCCCUCGUCAACGGCGAGGCGGUCCACGGGUACCUCCCCAACUCGUCCGCCUUGCUCGUCCAGAACGGGCCCGGGCAUACCUCGAACGCGCUCACUUCGAGGUGCACCAUCAGUUUGACGCGCGCGUACUUCGCGAACGGCACCCUCCCUGCUGCGGGCACUGUCUGCGAGGUCGACCAGAGUCCCUUCCCGCCCCCGUCGGACUCCACCGCGCCGGCGACUGCUGCCGCGAGCGCGAAGAUGAGGGUAUUGGACCACAUCCACCGCAUGAGCCCGAACAGGCUCCGCAUGGCCAGUGGCCGCUCGUGAUGCGCGAGCUGAGAGCGGUGCGGAACGGCCACGAGGAAAGACGGCGAUCAUACCCCAUACGCACGGCGCACGGCGCACGGCGCAUCAUAGCCUUGAUAUCCUUGUUCAUGGCGGAGCGCUGCGAGGACGUUUGGACUUUUCUUGGGCAUCAGCAUAAUUGUACAUAGCACGUUCCAGCGUGCCGCCCCUUCCGGACGUAAUUGUGUUUUUAUGGCUGAGACGAGUCAGGGGCGAACUUGGAGCGCAGUGAGCUGGAGGCAACUCCUCUCGUAGUCGCGGCGGCCACGCUGCUGGGCGUGUGAUACCACCUGAGAGUCUCGACUGUCCGGGACGACGUGAAUCGACACCUUGCAAAUGAGCAACCUCGACAGUCCACGUCUGUGAUAGACAGGGAGUAUUAGUCGAACGUCCCUUCGCGUCACCUCCGAGUCGCUCAACAGAUCCAAGUACACUCUCAGAGUUGCAUUGUAAUAGGUAUAAUACGGAAACCUACCGCAGUAAAGCAGUACACAUUUCGCUCGUAAUAAUUUACCAAUAAGAGAAGAAAAUGGUUGGUAAUGGGAUCAUACACGAUGUUGUUGCAACCAAGCUACACUACUUGUGGGCACGGUCUGGAUCCGAGACUCGAUAUCGAACGAUACUCCAGGUGAGAGGCUGGUUGGCUGCCCACCGAAACGCCUACUCAACUUCACAGUACCACACCGCUCGCUCUACUUUCCACCAUGCAGCUCUUCCAUCUCCUAGCGCGUCACAAAUCGAGCCUCAUACCUGGGUGUCCGCCGCGGGGUCAUACAUCAUCACCUCCGCCAUCUGUUCCCGGCCGCCCCUCGCAAUCAGCCCCAGCUCGACCUUGAUGCUGUCCCGCGCCAUCGACUGCUCGCGCGCAGAUGCAGAAACUGAGCGCACCGGCGCGUGGCCCACGCUUUUCAUCCUGACGAGCUUGCCCCGGUCCGUGCCCCUGCGCACGAGCGACGCCGAGCGCACGAUCGGGACCUCCUGCAGUCCCGCGUCGUCGCUGUCCUCCUCGUCGACCGAGGUCGCGGUCACGGGCACGUCCGCGACGUGCGGCGUGGAGUGCAGGCGGCCGUGCGCGAGGGUCCGCGAGGGGACGUACUGCGGGGGAGACAUGGGCGUAGGGAGGGAGGCAACGGCGGCCUCCUCGUCGACGACCUGCUCAAUCUCGACGUUUGAGAUGCGCGAGUCCUUCAGCCCCGAGGUUAUGAGGGGGGCAGGUGGAGACUUGCGCCUGGGGGAUGGUGUCUGGGACACGACUACGGGUGAAGGCGCGGAGGACUGAGCGUCGGCCGCCGCCGGGGGCAUCGGCAUCGGCUCGUCGGCGUCGACGACAAAAUCGUCACGGGAGACCUCCUGCGAGAGCAUCGAGCGCCGCGCGGGCUGGCUGAAGUGGCGUGAGGGGAUGCCCGGGAACUGCAUCGUGAGCGCGUGAACCUCGGAUGCGGUCGUACUUGACGAAAGACCCUUGUCGCGGCGGUCGGAUUUGAGCAUCGCGAACGGCACGCGUGGCGCUAAUGAGUUGGGGCUCACGAAGCUCGAGAUCGAGUCAGUCGGGGACCCGAUGGCGGUGAAUGACAUCCCCGUGCCGGGCUGCGCAUCGCUGUAGGACCAGCUCGCCGUGCUCAUCCGAGGAUUGUAGUCCGUCGACGCGUAGCUGAGACGCGGGUCAAAGCUCGGCAUAUUGCUCUCGCUGUUUACGGAGGCGCCGCGCCAGAGACGGUUGUAGCUAUCGAGGCUCGAGGCACGAGAGUGGCGUGACGCAAGGGACCCACGUAUGGAGGCAUCACGAGCAACGGCAGGAGGGGCCGCGGGAGCCGGGGCACCAACGUAUGGCGGAAGACGAGUGAACGAGGCGGAGGUGCGGCCAGCAGGGUGAUCCGGGGCCGGCUCGAAGUCGUUGGGGAGCGAGCGGGCGCGGACGUGGGGAUCGCGGAAAGGGUCUUGGAUGAGGUCGAGGAACUCUAGGUUGGAGAAGCGACGGAGCUCGAGCACCGGGAGACGGUCCUGCCGGAUGUGUACGGUCACCCGUUGGCGCACAGGGCGCGCAGGGAGACCGACACGGGGAACAGGAGCAGGGAAGGUGGAGACAUCCACCUGCCUGGUGUCUUCCUGAACGUCGGCAUAUUCGUCGAUGGGGUUCUUGCCAUCCGAGUACGAGCUGCGUGCGGAUGAACCAAAGGACACAGCGGAGUCCCGGACGCUAUCGCUCCUGCGGCUGAGUGUGGGGCGGGCCGCGAGCUGGAACGUGAGGCUGCUCGUCUUGUGAGUCCUCGAGAGCAGACCGGGCGUCGCGCGCUCCUCCUCGAUCGCAGCAGGCCUGCCAAAGUCGCGGCGCAUCCACGACGGAUCCCCGAGCUUGAUCACAGACUGGCGCUUCUCGUCGAACGGAUUCUUUUCGCUGAAGUCGUGGCCGCCGACAUGGCGGAACGUCGAGAAGCGCGGGUUCUGGAUCAUCGCGCGGAGCAUUGACUUGCGGCGCUUCUGCGCCUGGCCGGGGCUGUAGAGCUGGAAGUCCUCGACAGUAUCGACGCCCUUUAUGAUGCCGAUGAUAAGGCAUCCGUGCGCGAGCAGGCGGAGGAGUCGGCGCGUGAACACGACGCCGAACCCGCCCUGCGCGAAGCCGAUGACGGUCUCGACGGCGCCGAGCUUAAGGCCUGCGACUAUCCAGCCGAGACCACGGAAAAGGUGGGUCUCCAUCUCCUUCUCUUGCUGAGACGAGUCAAGUGUGCGCUGGUGUGAGAGCGCCCUGAUGAGGCGGUAGAACGCGAUGCAAAAGUUUGAUGCCUGAAACGCGACGAAGAGGACGAGCGUGACGCUGCUGAGGAACAUCUCCGGCGUGGGGUCGGUGAAUCCAACACCGAGCUGAACGGGCCCGCCAUUGGUGCCAGGGAACUGGCGAUAGGUAAUCCCGAUAAAGGAACCGAGUUCGUUCAGCACAAUGACGAGGGGAAUGAAAGCCAGGAGCACGUAUUUGGUAAUGCUCUGGAAGCGGAUAGGUAGAGACGGGAUAAGUUCGGCCGUCGUUAGUAGAUAGAUGGAGAACAUGUAGAGGAAGAGCGGGAUAAAGGAUGCAGCACCGAUGAUGAUAUCGAGCGACCUGAAAGAGUCGAGGGACGUUCCAAUGGUAGGGAGGGUGUGGGUGAACACGUCUAGGACCGCUAGGAGGAAGUAGAUGAAGACCUCCGCAGCGAUGAAGACAUGUUUCCUGUAGGGGUCCAAGCUUCAAUAUCACAUACCACAUGGCACUAACACGUAUAUCCUCCGUAUGGGAGGCGGAACAGAGUAUGCAUUGUAGAUCUCUCGCGCACUCCGUCCUAGCUGGGGGAUCCUCCGAGGCUUCAAAGCUUCAACUUGGACCAUCACAUGGAAGCCCUUCACAUCGACCCUCCCGUACCGCCACAUUACUCUCGUUCUGCCUAUUCUUCCCUUCUCCACACCUUAAUGAACGCGUCCUCCGAUCCCUACCACCCGGCUCCCGCCCUCAUACACGUCCCAGAUGCAGCCAAAGACUCACUUGUCAGCGCCACGCUUGGCCCAUAACAACACGACGGCGAAGAUGAUCUCGAGACCAGGGGGAACAAGAAGAAUACCAGCCUCCGUGCGAGUGAGGGAUUGACAACGCAAGUUAGGAGCGACCGAGAGGCAGAUUUCGCCCAUUUAACCAGAAUGUCUGUGGCGAGUGUUCCUAGAGCGCAAAUGGCAUGUCACACAAUACACCGGGCCAGCAGGAGGGAGGCGCGGCGACAGCGUCAGGCCAGGAAAGAAAAGAACGGAAUGCAGACUGGCUGCGAGGAAAAGGGCGAGGCCUGCACCGGGAGAGAAGAGAAACGAGCGAUGGUCGUAGAGCGUAAAGGUGUCCACCCAGGGAAGGGUGAUAUCAGUAGACCGCAGGAGCGAGGCCAAUAUCGAGCGGUGGCUCGCCCGCUUGAUGGGGAACACACGGUGGCACGACGAUGGCAACAAGUCCCAGGCUGUGCCUACCGAUGGCGACGCCCAGGUCCCUGUCGUCCUGGUAAUUACAGCGCUUCCCUUUUAUGGAGGUCGAGUCGGCAGUCCCUUAUGGGCCUGGCCGUCCGCAUUCUUCUAUUGAGAAAGCUUGUCGUCUUCGUCAUGGCUGCGAAUGAGUCAGUACCCCUUGCAACUUCUGCUGUCGCGCGG